CUUGGGAUGUGACUCAAGGGUAGAGCAUUCCUGGGUUCAAUUCCCAAUACCAGUAAAACGAAAAGAAAAGAAAGACAUGUAAGAGAAAAAUGUGGGAGCCCGUGGCCGCGCCUGCUCGCGCCCGGCGCUGGUCGCUCCCGGCGGCCAUGGGGGAGGCCGAGGUGGGCGGCGGGGACGCCCCGGGCGACAAGGGACCGGGGGAGGCGGCCACCAGCCCAGCGGAGACGGUGGUGUGGAGCCCCGAGGUGGAGGUGUGCCUCUUCCACGCCAUGCUGGGCCACAAGCCCGGGGUAAACCAACACUUCCACAUGAUUUGUAUCAGGGACAAAUUCAGCCAGAAUACUGGGCGGCAGGUCCCAUCCAAGGUCAUCUGGGACCAUCUGAGCACUAUGUACGACAUGCAGGCACUGCACGAGUCUGAGAUUCUUCCAUUCCCAAAUCCAGAGAGGAAUUUCAUCCUUCCAGAAGAGAUCAUUCAGGAAGCAGAAGGAAAAGUGGUCACUGAAGAGGAAAUGAAAGAGAUGAAGGAAGACGGGGACCCCCACGGUGGGCCGACGACGUUUCUUCAUCUUCAGGGCACGUGGGGAAAUCAAACAGAAAAACCCAGCAAAGACAAAGAGGAGAGCUCCUCAGACCUGCGGUGUAAAGACGGGGCGGACAAGCGGAAGCGCAGCCGGCUCACUGACAAAGUUCUGACUGCAAACAGUUACCCCUCCAGCCCCAGCGCUGCCAAGCGGCGCCCAGCACAGAGUCGUCUGAGCUGCAGGCCCUGCUGCCUGCCCUCAGGCCCCUGGGCAAACGUGGCCAUCCGCAGGGAAGCUGUGGAGGCUCCCACCAUGUUGUCAGACCACCAAAGACCAGGACCAACCCUCUUGGACGUUGAGGACACCAAGUCCACGUCUGUCUUCUCCGGGGUUAGCUCCACCUGUGCCGCAUUGCGUGGAGAGCAAGGGCGAGCGACCAGGAGAAGGCUGCGAAUUAGCAAGCAAUAA